AUGAUUGCUGCUGCCGCUCUGUGCUCCGCGUCUCUUCCUGAACAGAAGGCAGUAGCAGCAACUGGGGCUCCAUGUAAACACGCCGCGCGCAGGGCUUUGUUUCACACACACUCACUCCGCAGGUAUCUUCCCUCUAGUCAUGCCAUGGAUAUUUUGUGGCAAUAUCAGUUUCGAAUCAUUCUACUCGGGGAUUCCACAGUGGGCAAGUCCUCGCUGUUGAAGCGUUUCACGGAUGGAAUUUACAGCGAUGUGGCGGACCCGACGGUCGGGGUAGAUUUUUAUGCCCGCUCGCUUGACAUCGAACCCGGGGUGAAAAUAAAGCUCCAGCUCUGGGAUACGGCUGGCCAGGAACGAUUCAGGUCUAUCACAACAUCAUAUUACCGCAACUCUGUAGGUGGCCUGCUUGUCUUUGAUCUCACCAAUCGUAAAACCUUCGACCAUGUGAGGGAAUGGCACAAGGAGGUGAGUGAGCACAUCCUGCCUCACCACAUGGUCUACAUCCUCAUCGGCCAUAAAAGUGAUCUCAACAAGGACCGGAAAGUAAGCAGGGAUGAGGCAGAGCAGCUGGCCGCUGAGCUGGGCAUUCGCUAUGUGGAGACAUCGGCCAAGUGCAACAGCAAUGUGGACCGGGCCUUUGAGCUGCUGACCAGGGACAUCUACGAGCUGAUGAAGAUGGGGGAGAUCGUCACCCGUGAUGGGUGGGAUGGCGUGAAGAGCGGCCUGACUGCCAAGGUUCUCUACUCUGCAGAGGAUGAAGAGGAGUUGGCCCCUCCAUCAGCUGAAAAAAGCUGCCACUGCUGACUGAGAAGUCUUUGUGUUCCGACACUAUCCUAUCACACCAAGAGCUCACUUUGUCUCACAGCCGAUCAUCAAAACAAAAUCACUGAGGCUUAGCACCCUGUGAUAUCACCAUCCAUCACUUCCUCACCUUGUGUUUUGUGCCCUCUCUGUGUUGAUUUUUCAGACCACUGGGAUUAUUUUCAAUCAGGAUGCGAGAGUAAAUACCAAUGUGUACCUGUUGGGAAAGUAUUGUAUUGUUCAUUUGAUAUGAUGUAGCAUGAGUCGAGCUGUUUUGAGCCUCAUCUUGCUCAAGAAAAAAAAAAAAGAAAGCAUGCCAAUGUGAUCAGGUGUUGUUGCUUAAAGUGUAGCCAGUACUCCUUUUCAUAGCAAUGGAGCUAAAGGACUACUGAGCAUAAGAAAGUACAAAUGGACUAUUAUGGUCUGGCAUCAUCCACAUUUCAUAUGGUACUAUUAUGGGUUUCUACUUGUCAAAUGUUUGUGCAAUGCUUUGCCUGCAGUCUUAAGUGGCUGUAACAUUGUAAAUAAUAGUUAAAUCUAUAAAGAUGAGAGCUAAAGGUGACUGAAAGCUAUUUAAUUCAUAGUGUGAACAGUGCACUCUGCAAUAAGUGUCACCAUAUUAAAUCAAUGUGCUCCUCCUGCUACUGUAAGCUGUGUGUGCACUUAUGCCAAAUUGACCUUUGACCAUUCUGUGAAUAGAUUAAUAAUGGGUUUUUUUGUAAAAAGGUAGAGAUUAUUUGUUGUAAAAGUGUAUACAUAAACAUAGAUUAUUGUAAUUAGACUAAGUGUAACAUACAACAUUCACAAUAGCAGUAAGUGGCAAUGUGAGAAAAGGAAGUUUAAGGUCUAAAUAUGCCCCAUUGAUAUAGACAUAGACGAUAUGCACAGCAAAAGCUAAUGAGCUUUGAUAUGUUUAUUGCAGGCCUCUAAACUGGCUUUAAUUCAGCUUAUCUGGGCCAUCAGCCCAACAAAUGUCAUGUCAUGAAACCAUGACAAAGGAUUUAGCUGCAUUUUCUGCCUUUUUUGCUUUCAUUUUCUUUUUGCUGUACAAAUGAACCUGAUAAAAAUUAUUUGUAGGGCCUUAAAAGUGCUUAGAGAAUUAGAGAAAAGCUCUAGCUUAGCUUAGCAUAAAGAAUUGAGAGUAGUAACAUGUUUAAGCAAAUUAAUUUUAUGUUUACAUUCAUGGUUGCCAAAGUGCGGCCUGUGGGACAGUGGUGGCCCUUGGUAAUGUUCUGUGGCUGGAUCAAAACAGAAUCAAACAAAGGGAGCAUUUGUUGUCUGUUUUUGUUCUGGACAGCCAUAUAAAACACAGUUAAAGUUGUCAAAAAAUGUAACAGACAAAAUUUCAAUUAACAACUUAUAACCCCUCCCUCUGAACACCAACUAAAAGGUUUUGUGUGUAUUUUUCCUGUACCUGUAUCACUUGCCUACUGGUUCCCUAAACUGGCACUUUCUUGUUUAAACCAUGUCUGAAAAGCCACUAAAACAUGUAGUUACCAAGUUUAUCUAUUACUCUUCAACAGCUGGAGGCACUCAACCAGUUAAGUUGUUAAUACGCAACUGUUUUCCAAAGUCACUAAUGUAAGUGUUCUGUUGUUAUUGUGUUUUUUAUGAUGUUUUUAGACCUGUUAUAUAAAUGUGACAAAGGAAUUUCCCAUUAUUAAUUUUCUCACGCUGAUUUUACGCACAUAAAUACAAUUCUAAAACAACAGUUCGGAGCUGCAGUAUACCUACACCCAAAGUCACUAAAAUUCCUUGUUAGCUAACAAAUGUGAUCAAAUCUUUGUUGUGACUUUAGUUUUUCUUUGCUGGCUGGAGACACUCAAAAACUCUCUCCAGAAUCCCUGCUAAAUUAUUAAUAAGAAAAAAUGAUGAUUUAGACUUUUUUAAACCGCAGAUUCAACAAGGAAGAUAAGCUGUGGAUUUUAGAGGCGCUAGUAUCGCUAGCUAUUGUGAUAGCUGUCACUCCUGCUUCCAGUCUUCAUGCUGAGUUAGCCUAGUUUGCCUCUUUGCCCCCCACAUAUCAGUAUCUUUUCAGCAAAAUCCUAAAGAAUAUUAAAUGUUUUUUGUUUUUUUAAGGGCUACAGUAGUAGACUAUUUUAUUUUAGACCUGUUAUAUAAGUAUAACAGAAGAAAUCCCUUUUAUCAGUGUUCAAAAGCAGAAUUUUUACCAACCUAUAUAUAAUUAAGAAGCGCAAGUUAAUCUUGCUCACAUUGUUUGUUAACUAACUAAUGUACUGUAGAUUUUAUUCAGCUGUAAUGGAGAAUGAUUGGGUGUCUGCACACAUGACUUCCAAAACCUGCAGUGAAUACCUUUAACAAAGACGAUCAUGAAUUCCUUUAAGGCUCUAGAGGCUAAUAAUUUGCUGCUUACAAGCCUGGAUCUUGUUGCGUACAGUUUGCUUUCCCUGGGGCUUCUACAACACACACUACACUGUAAACAGCAAGAAAAUAUAUGCAUUCUAAUGUUUUUACUUAGCAUUCAUGUGACCAGUCUGACACUUCUUUUUCAUUUGUCUGAACCAGUUAAUAAAAUGUACAUCAUGUGGUUGCAGCUUAGUGUUUGACAAGGAAUGUAUUCUAACUCAUUUCUGCAAUCCCUUUUCAUUUUUCAUUUAUUGUUUUGCACUAAUUCAAACUGCAUUUUUUUCCCCUGGUGAAAGUCUGUGAUUGUUUGACAAUCAAAUGUUAUCAUUUUGAGUUCUUGGUAUAGGUGAGGAAUGCAAUGUUGGGGUGGCGAGCCUUGAAAUCGUGCUGAAUGAAAACCAACCAGUCUGUACAACUACCUUUCUCACUUUUGCCUCUAAGGGUUACAUUGUAUUGUAUGAUACUGUGUGUUAGCACUGUGCUGUGAGCAUUACUGACGACUACAGACUCUUGUAGUCGGGAGGAAAACACUGGAAAGACAGGAAGAAGUAUUAUUUUGAAAGAUUGAAUCUAUGGGAUAAAAAGACCAAUUGAAAACUUAUAUAUAUAAAUCAACAACAGCACAAAAACUAUGAUUCAUUUCCAUCUUAUUUGUAAUCUUACAAGCUAUACCAAUACAUCUGCAGUGACUGUAAGUAGUAAUAUUACUACAAUGAAGGUGAAUGACUAACUUUCAGUCCAACUCUAGCUUCUCUCUGUGUUCUUUGAAAACAAUUUGUGGAAACAUUCUUAUUUGCUUUCUUUCCAAUCUCUCUUUCCCAGUGAGAUGACAAGACUGAUGCGACAUUAUCUUCUAGUGUUCUGGAGUUAGGAGGCAGUUAGCAUAGCUUAGGAUAAUGACUGCCUCCAUCUGACUUAUUUCAACAAAUGAACUGCAAAAACACCAAGCAGUGAACACUUCUGACCAAACAGACUUCAUAGUUUGAAGACAUUAAGCUGAAUCGUGUAGCAGACACGCACUUAGUUUACAAAAUCUUAAUUUUUGUCUUUGACUUUUUCCAAACCCCAAAAAAUGAUUUAAAUAUUGAACUUUUGGUGCCAACCUAACGUGUUCCAGGGGAUGCACAUGUAGACAAAUAAUCUUUAAUUAUUUUAUCUUCAAAUAGAUAUAUUUCAUUCUGCCAGUUUUGUUGAAUGUAUGAUUUAAAUGUAGCUUUGCUGUAAAACACAUACUUCCUAUCGUUCCUUAAGCAUCACUAGUUUAUUGGUUUAGUAUCACUUUUUACUAUAUUACACUUGGAUUCAGCUUCAGCAUUAUUUGUAUGAUAUAAUAAACUGAAAUCCAAAGCUAUUCUAGCAUCUUUUUUAACGGUAGCUCUAUUCAGUUUAUGAAAACCUGUGUUACUAGUUUGUCUUGCUUUACAAACUGUGCAUACCCUUGGCUGUGCUGUUUAACUCCUGUUUACUUUCCACAAAGUAUUUUUAUGUUUAAACAUAUCACCAAAAUUCUGUUUAAUUUUUCUAUAUAGGAACAUAAAUAGUAGAAGAUCAUUAUUCACUUCUGGCCCAAUAAUUUAGCUUCAUAAAGUUCACCAAUAUGUAAAUGUUUCAGUUUGUAUAUGUAAGUGGAGUUAUCGUUCUGGAACUAUUUUUUGGUCAAUCAAGCCAAAACCUAACAUUUUUAUAUUUUAGUUUGUGAGCAGCUUUUUGGAAUACAAUAUAAAGAGUAACUUUUUGAGCUAACAGCAUGGCAGUUCUAUCUCUUUACUGACCACAGAGAAUGUGUAUAUCUGUGCUUUAGACUUUAACACCUGUAGAAAGAAAAGGAAAAAAAGAAAAUAACCUUCUUUUCUCCAGUACACAUUUUUCUUCUAACUGACUUAACCACUGCUGCUUUCUCUCUCUCUUGUCCCUCAAACUGGGCUUUAGAAUCAGUAACCAACUAUUUCCAUGGAACAUAAUAAAUAAACAUCUAUUGCCAAGAGGAGCCAGAGGUGACCAACAGCAUGAAAUGCUCCAAAUAUUCUAUUUAACCAAUCAGAAAUGUCCUGCUCUAAAAGCCCGACCUCCUUGCAGCCCACUGAAACUUUGAAAAGUACUACCAAAGCUUUUUACAUGACUCUGUGUAUGGACUUUUUGGUCGGUCAAAUAAUUCUUCCCUUUUCCUUACUUUGACAACAUAGCAAGUCCAUCCAAAGGUCAUAGUCACUGUUGUUCCUGUUGUGGAAAAGCAGCUAUUGAUACCAAUUAUCUCUCGUCAGUCUUAAAAAGAAAACAAAUAAGAACAUUUAAAAAAAAAGACAGAAAAAAGAAACAAAUCACCCAUGUAAUUAAUAGUGUCAUAUCCAGUGAACUGAUCAAAAUAAUCACAGGUAGGGUUUCUCUACCAUGUAACAUCAACAGUACAGCUUCUGAUCCCCUGAUGGUCAUGUUCCACAGUAUUACUAAAUAAAUGUUAUUUAUUUUUAUGUUAUGUAUAAGGGAUAUUGGUUAUUAAAUGAAUAAAUAGAUGUACGUUGAAUAUUG